GCCCCACACAAGCUGCCUAGGAGAAACACGAAACAGAAGUGCCCCUCUCCAGUGUCCACAGGCAGCAGGGCCAUCAUCAUGUCUGAGCGCCGCAUCCCUUUCUCUUUCCUCCGUAGUCCCAGCUGGGAUCCUUUUCGAGACUGGAUGCCAGGCAGCAGGAUCUUUGACCAAUCGUUUGGCAUGCCAGCACUGCCCGAGGACUGGCAGCAGUGGCACAGCACCCACUGGCCAGGAUAUAUGCGUGGCCCCCCACCUGUGUCGGCUACCCCAGAAGCAGCCAUGUCGCCUUACGCCCGAGCUCUGAGCCGCCAACUGAGCAGCGGGGUGUCAGAGAUCAGGCAGACUCCUGAGCAGUGGAAGGUCAGUCUUGAUGUGAACCACUUUUCACCAGAAGAACUGGUAGUGAAGACAAAGGAUGGAGUAGUCGAAAUUACAGGCAAGCAUGAGGAGAGACAAGAUGAGCAUGGCUAUAUUUCCAGAUGUUUCACAAGGAAAUACACUCUCCCUACAGGCACUGAAAUGAAUAAGGUGUCCUCAACUUUGUCUCCUGAGGGAAUACUGACAAUUGAAGCUCCUCUGGCCAAACCAGCUAUUGAAGCUGCUGAAAUCACCAUUCCUGUCACUGUGGAGAAAAAGACUCCAGAAGGUGCUGUGGCAAAAAAAUAGUUCAUGGAUAAGAAUCACGUACUUGGUGUUCCCAGUCCACAGUGUCAUUACAACCAGUGCCACAACCAAUUCUAAAGAAUUGAGCAAUUGGUGUCACGUCUUGAGCUUCUUGCUUUUGCAUCACAGCUAAGCUAGUUUUAUGAGACACCAGACUCUCUAAUUCUUUGUUACUCCAUUUGAUGGUUACUUCACACUAAAAAGAAUAAAAGUUCUUGGCAUAUUA